AUGGCAUCAAGAUUCCACCAACGCGACACCAACCGCUCCUCCCUCUUUUCGGGCUACGACCAACGCUCCUCGCGCCCAACCUCGACAUCGCCAAACCCGUACGCGGCAAGCAACGGCUACAACAUCCCUUCUUCUUCCUCUUCAAACAACACAUUCUCUGCAUACCCGGGAAGCAACCCAGCCAUAGAAAGAAACAGCUCUGGCGCGAGUUUCCGCACAGCGACGCCAGAUAAACGCGGUGCGUUUAGCGAUGCAGUGCUUUCGGAGUUGGAGUCGCAGAAUGAUGAGCAAGUGUCGGAGAUGAGUAAGAAGGUUGGCAUGUUGAAAGAUCUCACUCUGCGUAUUGGCGAUGAAAUCCGCGACUCUACCGCGCUGGCGGAAAAGAUGAAUGAUCAGUUCUCGAAUACGAGUAAUAAGCUCAAGGGAACUAUGAAUCGCAUGCUGCGUAUGGCGCAAAGCACGGGUGUGGGUUGGAAGGUGUGGCUCAUCUUCUUUGCCUUUGUCAUUUUCUUGUUCUGGUAUGUCUGGUUGUUCUAG